UCUCAUUCAGUCACGGGCAGCACUUAACCACAGUCGGAUCUACAGACGCACACCACCGCCACCAACACCACCACAUCGACCUAUCCAUCCAUCGCCAGCAUGAACAAGUACGGGAUGGUCGGCGUCUGCCUACUGGCUGCUCUGGGCGCUCUGCUCCUGGAGGUCACUGCCUCUCCUUCGUCCGCCGCCUCGUCUAAGGUGGAUCCUAGCCAACUUGGCGGACUUUCAGCUCAGUUCUUGCCACCCGAGUACCGCAACACGAACGUUAGCAUCGAGGAUAUAAAAAGAAUAUAUCGUGAAAAAUGCAAGAAGGUAAAUGGAGCGGACAACGCAACCUUCUACGAAGAAAUCGAGCGGGCGGCAGCCAAGAUGAGCACCUGCAUCAGCGGGGUGGUCAAUCUGACGGCUCUGCAGGAGGAGAUGGAUGUGGCGAGGCCGAACGGCGACUUGGACACCGUGUUUAGCAAAUACUGUCUCAAGGCACCGGAGGCAGAGGCCUGCGUCAAGGAGUUCAACGACAAGGCGCAGCAUUGCUUGACCCCCGAGGAGAAGCGCCACCAGGAGACGGUUACCCGAAUUGGAGCGUCCGUUUUGGGAUUCGCCUGUUCGCGUGGCGGCGAUCAGAUUGCCCUCUUCAUUGCCGAGCAGGGACCCGAGUGCCUGGAGGCCAACAAGGAAGCCAUUAGCAAUUGCCUCAAUCAAUCCUUUCAUCAGUACAUUCCCAAGGAUGGCCAAGUUCCGGACCUGAUGAGCCGCCCAGAGCUCCUUUUCUCACCCACCCACUGCGUGGACCUGCAGCGCUUCGAGGCCUGUGUCAUCCAUCAUUUGGAGCAGUGCACGCAGAUCACCACCGCUAAUAUCGUUCAGUCCGUCUUCCGUUUCGUGAAGAACGAGACCGACUGCCAGGCUUGGAUGCAGGCACGUGCGAACGAGAAGCCCAUUCUGAUGGCCGCCUCCAGCAACAACACAGCCCCUGGACUCGCCUACUCCCUGGCCGGCACUCUUUUGGGCGCCACAAUACUCCUGAUACUCCCCUGAAUGAAAAGCAUAGUGAGGUAAUCUUUUUUUUUUUUCGAUAACAAACGCCUGUGUAUUGCGGACAUUUUUUUUGUUUGUGUGUGUAUAGUGGGCACCGAGUAUCGGUGCCGUAGUAUUUAAUGUCUCCUAAGGAAUUGCCAAUAAUAAACGUGAUUACGAUGAACGCACCCCGCCCAAUUGGAAUCACCGCUGGGCCUUGGUCAGCCGGCAUAUCGGUUGUCUGGCCGGAACUGCAGUAUUAUAUUUGGAUGUGGAGCUGGGCAGCAAAUCGAUGAAUGUUUUUUUCAUUUAUUUAAAAACACUGAUAAGAUAGUGAGCGUGUAUUUUCAAACACCUAGCUGGAGUGACUCAAUGCCCGUAGUUCCCCAGGAAUUUGAUCUAUACAAUGGGUCGGUAUUCUAGAUAAGCCCUGAUCCUCUGGUCCCUAGUCCCUUACAACCGCAGCGGAAACACGAAUCAGUUAUAGAUCAUGGCAUACUCUUAGGCGAAACUGUAAAUAAGUGGCAUGCUGGAUUGAAUGCUUCAUCAGUUUUACGAGCUGAUAAGUUGUCGGGCCGGCAGUGCGAAACUACAAAAAUAUAAACGGCGGACUUAUCGUGCGUAAUGCGUAAUGACUGGGUUUACUCAGCGAAAUUGGGUAAUUGUACGGCCACUGUAUCUGAAGUAUUUACCGCGGGCUCUGCCUUGGAAUAGGCACUAUCGCACUCGUGGUAUCUGGAAUGCCAUCGGUGCUUUAAUUGCUUUUGCACUGGUUAUGUCCAUUUCGGACGUCAGCUAUUCCCAAAUUUUGUAAUAAUCCACAACAUUUCAUAAGCGAUAUGAAAACCGUUAUUAACAUCGAAUAGAUGUUAAUAAUAAUAAAGAAUAAAGUAUUUCUAGGACAGAGUUCAUCUGCUGCAAUGCAAUUAUUUCUUCCACUAGAUUAAUUAGCGUACAACAUGUCUUCGAUGAUUCGUGGGUUUUUCGCAGGAACCAAGUUUACCGAUAAACGCCCACUUUCCCGCUAUAAUGAACUGUGUUCCGAGUUAAUGAGGUUACCUUGCUCGGCAUGAAACAAACUAUACCAAAGUCGGGAAAGGGACGCAGAUGACGACUUCGGUGGCUCCCCAACCCCUCCCCCCCCCCUCACACACACACACACACACAAAGAUUGCUUUUUCAUUUGCUCACUAGCCGGGAACAAUCAAUCACUGCGAAUUCCGCACCUAUCACAUCAGC